AAAAAAAAAACCAAAUUCCGUUGCAUUAAACCUCUCAAUAUCUUUUCCUCCAUAAAACCCCUCCGCUUUCAUCGCAUUCCUCUCAUUCCUUAGCUUUUCUUCGCCUCUCACUUUUCUCUCAUACUCUGGUGCCCAACCUGGUUUUAGUUUUUGAAGAAACAAACACAGUUAUGGAAUCAACCCAGUUGGAAAAUAUCGAAAUAUCCGCUGAUUCAUUAAAAGCCAAUGAUCACGGAGAAGCUCGAGAUGAAAUCGAGAUCGAGAAGAGAGAAGUUCCACUAGAAGAAGAAGAGGAAGAAGACGAAGAAGAAGAAGACGACACCGACGACAUAACCGAAACGUCGUCGUCGGUGACAGACAAGUCAUCAAUAAACAACGACGACGUAGUAAAGAUCCUCCAACCUCAUUCACUUCUCCCAAAGCCAGAGGCUCCUCGAGGCCUUUCUAAUCCAGAAAACAACAACGACAACAACGACAACGACAUGUCGUUAAUCCCCGGAGCAUCAUCAAUCGGAAAGUUCAUCAGAGAGAGAAGCAACGAGUUCUCCGUAGCAAUCGUAAAACGACUGUCGUCGCUGAAGGAGAACAGCAACGACGACAAAGACAACGAAAACGACGUGACGCAGUUCGAUCUGUCGGGGCUAAAGGUUAUCGUAAAACACAAAAACGACAUGGAACUGAAAGGUCGAAUCAGCUUCUUUUCUCGGUCGAAUUGCAGAGACAGCACAGCGGUUCGAAGGUUCUUUCGGGAGAAGGGAUUGAAAUACGUGGAAAUAAACAUCGAGGUGUAUCCGGAAAGAGAGAAAGAGCUGGUGGAAAGGACAGGAACCUCGUCCGUACCACAGAUAUUCUUCAACGACAAGUUGUUUGGGGGUUUGGUGGCUUUGAAUUCGCUGAGGAACAGCGGUGGUUUCGAUCAGAGGGUGAAGGAAAUGUUGAGUACGAAAUGUCCAUCGGACGAUGCUGCACCCGCAUCGCCUGUGUACGGGUUUGAUGAUCAGGAGGAAGAAUCGACGGACGAGAUGGUUUCUAUCGUUAAAGUGUUGAGGCAGAGAUUGCCCAUUCAGGACCGUCUGAUGAGGAUGAAGAUUGUUAAAAACUGCUUCUCUGGGAGAGAGAUGGUGGAGGUCCUCAUUAAUCACUUUGACUGUGGCCGUAAAAAGGCUGUUUACAUUGGAUUGCAGCUUGCCAGGAAGCAUUUUAUUCAUCACGUUUUUGGGGAAAAUGAUUUUGAAGAUGGGAACCAUUUUUAUCGUUUCCUUGAGCACGAACCAUUUAUUCCCAAAUGCUUCAAUUUCCGAGGAUCUAUAAAUGACAGUGAACCAAAGCCUGCAACUAUGAUUGCGCAAAGGCUCACGAAGAUAAUGACUGCCAUACUGGAGUCCUAUGCCUCUGAUGACAGGCGCCAUGUUGAUUAUAAGGCCAUCAGUAACAGUGAAGAAUUUCGGAGGUACGUAAAUUUGGCUCAAGAACUUCACCGGGUGAACCUACUAUCUCUCUCAGAAAAUGAGAAGCUAGCCUUCUUUUUGAACUUGUACAAUGCCAUGGUCAUCCAUGCAGUGAUCAGGAUAGGUUGUCCAGAGGGAGCAAUUGAUAGGAGAUUCUUCUUUUCUGACUUCCAUUAUUUGGUAGGAGGGUAUCCCUAUUCCCUUAACUUAAUUAACCAUGGGAUCCUUAGAAGCAACCGGAGAGCUCCUUUAUCCUUGCUCAAGCCUUUCGGCACUGGAGACAAGCGUUUGGAGCUUGCUCCUGCUAAAGUAAAUCCAUUAGUCCACUUUGGGCUUUGCAAUGGAACAAGGUCAAGCCCAACUGUCCGAUUUUUCUCACCUGAAGGAGUUGAAUCAGAAUUAAGAUGUGCCGCAAGAGAGUUCUUUCAGGGUGAUGGAAUGGAGGUGGACUUGGAGAAGAGGACUGUGUAUCUCACCCGAAUUAUUAAGUGGUGCAAUGUGGAUUUUGGAAAUGACAAAGAAAUACUUAAGUGGAUCCUCAAUUACUUGGAUGCAACUAAAUCAGGUCUUUUGACACAUCUUUUGGGGGAUGGAGGCCCAAUAAAUAUUGUAUACCAGGACUACAAUUGGUCUUUGAACUCUUGACUACCUCUUUGGCAUUGUUUGGACAUUAAAACAGAGUUUUUUGACAGGAUAUAUUUAAGUGCCUGCAUUGGUGAGGGAGAUAUUGUAUAUAAUACUAUAAAUUUUGAAACCUUAAUCAUUAAGCCAGGAACUGGUUUCAAAAUGUAAAAUAGGGGAUUUUUCUUUAUUACUGGCAUUAUGAAACAUUUACUUUUUCUUUUUCUUUUAACCCGCCACCCCCCUUAUGGGUCUGGGCUGUGUCAAAAUACUUGUGUGUGUGUGUGUGAAGCAAUGGAACUAGAUGUUCAAGAUGGUAGAAGUUAUGUGA